CGGCGUCCGGCUGCGGCCUGGCCGCCCGCCAGCCAGCCGUUGUCUCCAACCCUCCAACCCCUCCCCUGGGGCUGGCCGCGGGGCUGUGCGGAGCCGGGUCGGGAGCGGAGCGCGGGGCGGAGGGUGCCUGUCAGCCCCUCUCCAUGCCCCCGUCCCUGCCGGCCACGAGCUCCGCCGCCAUCGAGCUGCGCCGCCGCUUCCCGCUUCGCGCCGGGGCCGGUUCCGCGGCCCCUCAGUGGGCGGCGGAGCGCCGCGGUUCCCGCGCCCUUUUUAUUUUUUGCCUUCUCCAUUUGAAAAUUAAAGACCAUAGACACGCGGCAGGCCCCGUGGACCGCUCUGCGCCCCGGGAUUUCCGACCCGGCUGAUACCGAGAGGGCCGGGGGCGAAUGUGAAAUUGCAGCAGAGUGCGCAGGCUCUGAAGUUGCAGUAAAAGUACUAAAAAUCCGCUAAAAAUGGUCCUCCUGUGCUCUUUAAAAAUUGCUUGGAAAGGCUGUGGCUUACAUCAGAGAUAAGGAAGACAGGCUGAAGCUCUGGAUUUGUGUUUUGAAUGAAACAUUAAUCCAUUUUGUGAGAUAACAUUGGAAUUAUCGGUGGAACUGGCCUGGAUGAUCCAGAUAUCUUAGAAGGAAGAACAGAAAAAUAUGUUGAUACUCCUUAUGGCAAGACAUGGAAGACAUCAUACAAUUAUGCCAUCAAAUGUCAAUUACCGUGCCAAUAUCUGGGCGUUAAAAGAGGAGAAUUGCUCACAUGUUUUGGUGACUACUGCCUGCGGUUCAUUACGAGAAGAAAUACAACCAGGUGAUCUUAUCAUGAUUGACCAGUUUAUUGACAGGACAACUAAAAGACAUUAUACCUUAUAUGAUGGUCAGUGUUCCAGUCUUCCAGGAGUAUGUCAUAUUCCAAUGGCAGAGCCAUUCUGCACCAAAACCAGAGAGGUUCUUAUUGAGAUUGCAAAGAAGCUUGGGCUUCAAUGUCAUUCUAAGGGAACAAUGAUCACAAUUGAAGGCCCACGUUUCAGUUCUCGAGCAGAAAGCUUGAUGUUUCGCAGCUGGGGAGCUGAUGUUAUCAAUAUGACCACAGUGCCUGAAGUGAUUCUUGCAAAAGAAGCUGGAAUGAGUUAUGCAAGUAUUGCUAUGGCAACAGAUUAUGACUGCUGGAAGGAGCAUGAAGAAACAGUUUCAGUGGAUAAAGUUUUAAAGACGCUGAAAGAGAAUGCAAAUAAGGCUACUAGCAUACUCCUUACUGCUAUACCUCUGAUAGGUUCCAUGGAAUGGACAGACACCCUGCACACCUUGAAAGUAAGUACACAUAUAAGGUCAGUUUGUACUGGGGACAGUGUAUGUGUAUAUACAAGUCAUAUAGGUAUAUGCUCUAAAAUGUUUCUGCUUAAAUCGUAACUUUUUAAAUUAGGC